AAUUUAAAGUAGAAAGCAAUAUGUACAUAAAAAUCUUAUUAUCCGGUUUGAUCGGUUUUUCUUUAAUUUUUAAUAUAAUUAAGUGUCAAGAAACAUGUAUGAUCAAAGAAGACACUCCUGGUACUUGUAAACUGCUCAGAGACUGCCCAGAAGUUAUUGAUAAAGUAAGACGGCGAAUGAAAGAUUAUAAAAUAUGCAGUUAUGAUCCAUUAACUGUAUGUUGUUCAGGAUCUGAAUCAAAUCCAGUGCAAUUAUCCAGCCAGUCGAAUGAAAAUGGACAAGAAUGCCCUAAAAGAAGAAUACAUGAAGAUAAAUGUACUGAAUAUGCUGAAGCAGUUUAUGUAUAUGAAAAAUCAAAAGCUCUUAUAAGACAAGAUGAUAUUAUAAAAACAGAUAAAUGUGGUAAUAAAAAUAUACCAUUAAUAGUUGGUGGAGAAAAUGCUGGUGUAAGAGAAUUUCCACAUAUGGCAUUAAUCGGUUAUUUGUGUAAAGGGAAAAAAGAAUGGAAAUGUGCUGGAAGUCUUAUUAGUGAUCAGUAUAUAUUAACUGCAGGACAUUGUUUGUCAACACCGUCGUGUGGUGAAGCAGCAUAUGUUCGUUUAGGUGAAUUAGAUCUUUCGAAUGACGAAGAUGAUGCUGAUCCAGAAGAUUUUGAUGUUAUUGAAAGAAUACCACAUCCAUUUUAUAGCGAUGCUUCUAAAUAUCAUGAUAUAGCUUUAAUUAAAUUAGAUCGCAAAGUUAAUAUUAAUCCAUAUAAGCGGCCAGCAUGUCUACCAUCGACAUUUGAUGGACCAGAAUCUACUGUUAUUGUUACUGGUUGGGGUAGAACAAAAUAUUUAGGUGGAAGAUCAAGUGAAUUACAAAAAGUUGUUUUAGAUAAAUUCAAUAGAUCUGAAUGUAAUGAAAUUUAUACACAAAUACCAAAUGAACUUUUAAAAGUUGGAAUUGAUGAAAAAAUACAAUUAUGUGCGGGUUCUUUUAAUGAAAAGAAAGAUGCAUGUCAAGGUGAUUCAGGUGGACCAAUGCAAGUAUAUCAUCAUAGUGAAUAUUGUAUGUAUACUAUUAUUGGAAUUACUUCAUUCGGUAUAUUAUGUGGUAAUCCUGGUAUACCAGGUGUUUAUACAAGAGUUUUUCCAUAUAAUAGUUGGAUUGAAAAUACUGUUUGGGGUUAAUAUUUUCAAACGACUAUGAAUGGAAAUACAAGUUGAGGUUUAUUGUGUAUAUAUGUAAUUAUUAAGUAUAUUUUGGUAAAAAAAAUUAAAAUUGUAAAUUAUAAAAAAUUAAUGUAAGUUGUUAUUUAUGUAAAUAAAAAAAUUAUGAAAUUAGAUUUCAAAUUAA